CUUGGCCACCCCUCUGUCCCAGGGUCUGAACACUCCUCCCUUUGGCUCCCUUCCCAGCUGGGCCCCCCACACCAGGGAGCCUCGGCCUGGCCUGGCCUGGCCUGGCCCGCUCUGCUCACCCCCUCCUUCCUCCCUCCUCCAGCUCUGCCCUGCCCUCACGUGCUUUCCCAGACACACAGCCGCCCAGUGUGGGCUCUGGCCCAGCCUGUUCCUCUUCCCGAUUGCAACAGGCUCCAUGGGUAGCUCCCAGCUCUCCUUGUCCCCGCCCCAAGGCCCAGCUCCACUCCCACUUCCUGAGCUAAGCAACUAGAGCCUGGGAGGCCAGGCCAGCCGCUCCCUGCGGCCCCUUGGGGGCACCUCGAGCCCCCCUGCCUUCCCUUCCUUGGGGCUCUGAAACUUGCCUGCCUAGAGUUCCCCUCCAGGCCUUUGCGAGCCCUGACUUCCCCUCCCCUCUCGUGCGGACGCCAUGCGCCUGCCCCAAGCCUGUUCCCUUCAAGGCCUGGUCGGGGGCCCUCUCCUCCUGGGCCUCUUUGGACUUCUGGCUGGUCAGCAGCUCCGACAGGGGCCUCCGGACAAGAAGUGUGGGGACCAGCAGUAUUAUGAUUCCAGACACGAGGUCUGCUGUUCCCGCUGCCCGCCAGGUACGCAUGUCCAUGAAUUCUGUGAUGGACAGCGAAACACCACAUGUGCUCCGUGCCCUUCAAGGACCUAUAAUGAAUUCUGGAACCACAUCAGUGUGUGCCAGAUGUGCCGCCCCUGCGAUAAAGUGCUCGGCUUUGAGGAGGUAACUCCCUGCAAUGCCAGCAGGAAAACACAGUGUCGAUGCCGCCAGGGCAUGUACUGCCCCAACGGGGGCACUGACUGCGAGCACUGCGAGCCCCUCAGCUCCUGUCCGCCAGGCACAGAACCUGAACUUACAGGUGUUCAUCUCGCCUGUAUAAUAGUGAAAAGGCCGAAGCACGGAAAUUGGUAUAAGGUUGGAGAGUUUGACAACAACUGUGUUCCCUGUAACGAUGGGUACUUCCAGAACAUCUCCUCUCCUGAUGUUCGGUGCCAACCUCAUACCAACUGUGAGGCACAGGGCCUGGUGACAUCUGUUCCUGGUACUGCCACGUCUGAUGCCAGGUGUCAGAACUCACCUCCAAAGAUGCCGGGGACAAUUUUGCUGCUAUCUGUCCUGGUCCCCGUGGCUUCCAUUCUACUCCUUAUCUCUGUCUUCUCCUGUGCCUGGAAGAGGCAUCCCUCUCUCUGCAGGAAGCUGGGGUUACUACUCAAGAGGAGACCAGAGAGAGAGGAUCUGAAUCCUCCCCCAAACCGGGAUGUCCCCAGAACAAAUCAGAAGUACCCUGACUUGGUAGAACUGCUCCUAGAUUCCCCAGGAACUGCACCUCCAGCCCUCAAUGAACUUCCCCCAUCACCUGCUGUGGAAACAGAACCCCUUCAUCAACAAAGCCCCAUGGGCCAAGGCAGAGAGCAGGGCACAGAGCCUGGGGAGCAGGGCCAGGAGUUGCCCCAUGGUACCAAUGGUUUCUAUGUCUCAGGUGGCUCAGUCACUGUCAAGGGCAACAUCUAUAUCUAUAAUGGACCAGUCUUGGGAGAAACACGGGGACCUGGAGACCCUCCACUUUCUCCUGACCCCCCUUACCCUGUACCAGAAGAAGGAACCCCAAAUCUCCUGCGUUUCAGUGAACCCCACCAAGAGGAUGGCAAGGCCUGGCAUCUAGCUGAGACUGAAACUCUAGGAUGCUAUGCCCACUAGCUGGGGAUGAAGGAAUUCCAAUUUGCUGACUAUUCCUGAAAAUAUCUGAAGGAGAGAGAGAGGAACCAGAGCACCAUCUUACCUGAGGCAGUCUCACCCUCACAGGAUUUCUAUGGGGUCUGAAUUAAAGCCUCAUGGGAAGGCAGAGUUACCGUUGAGUUGAAUUACAGACACUGCUAAAGGUGAAGAAGUGCCCACUGUGGGUAUUGUGUGGGAUGUUUUACCAAAGGACUUCAGCACCUGCUAGGGCAUUCUAGACCUCAUCAGGGACUUGUCCAUACCAGGCAUGGACACUGCCAGGGCAUCCGAUGCCAACUCCUGCCUGCCUAUUGGUUCCACCACACACGCCACUACCACCACUACCUAGCACGGAAUGGAUACUGGCCUUGAGGCAUUCCCACCCCAUGACUACUGGGAUGAUGGGAACUUUUGAGCACACCCAUUCCAACCCCUAAGCCUCAGGGACUCAAUGGGUGGGGUAAGUGCCUCUCCAGGGACUAUGACAGAGCCAGCCUGGAGAUAAGGUCAUGUGGGAGAAGUCUCCUAGAAGAAGAGAAGAAGGUGUCUCUUUAAAGUGGGGGUCUGGGGUUGAGAUUUGGGGUAGGGUUUUGUAGGGGGGAGGGAAAUGGUAGUUAUAUUUAUAAAUUGCUGUAUAACCACUUGAAAUUAAAAAAAACAACUGAG